UGCAGCAGGCUGAGUUUUGAGGUCACCCUCCACAGAACUGGGGUUGGACACAGGGACCUGGAGGAUCCACCAAGUCCUCUUUUGUAACCUAGACUGGAGGCUGGACUCCCGGGCACUUGGAUUGCAGGAAAGCCAGGGGCCAAUGCCCUCGCCCCCCAGAUUAUACAUUUGUCCUGCACGUCAGGGGAUGCAGAACCCCUGGGCUGGGUGACAUCACCGCCCCUCCAGUGCCACAAUACCCAGAGAGCCUCCUCAGGCUCCUCCCUAAGUGCUUCCUGCUGCGUCAAAUAGACCUCAGUCUCCUGUCCUCUGAAACCACCCGUCUCCUCACGCCAUGGCCAUGAGAGCUGCCUACCUCCUCCUGCUGUGCCUGCCUGGCCUGCUGGCUCAGGGCCAAUAUGACCUGGACCCUCUGCCCCCAUUUCCGGACCAUGUCCAGUACACUCACUACGGCGACCAGAUCGACAACCCAGACUACUAUGAUUAUCAAGAGGUGAGUCCUCGGCCCCCUGAGGAGCAGUUCCAGUCCCAGCAGCAAGUCCAACAGGAGGUCAUCCCCGCCCCCACCCCAGAACCCGGAAACGCAGAGACAGAGCCCACGGAGCCGGGGCCUCUUGACUGCCGUGAGGAGCAGUACCCGUGCACCCGCCUCUACUCCAUCCACAAGCCCUGCAAGCAGUGUCUCAACGAGGUCUGCUUCUACAGCCUCCGCCGGGUGUACGUGGUCAAUAAGGAGAUCUGCGUUCGCACGGUCUGUGCCCACGAGGAGCUCCUCCGAGCUGACCUAUGUCGGGACAAGUUCUCCAAAUGCGGCGUGAUGGCCAGCAGUGGCCUGUGCCAGUCUGUGGCAGCCUCAUGUGCCAGGAGCUGCGGGGGCUGCUAGGGCAGAGCUGGCAUCCGGAGCCCUGAACCCGUUCAGAGCCUGGAGCCUCGGGCCCUGCCUGACCUGGUGCUUUUCCUCCCAUUCCAACCUCCCUCUUAUUCUGUAAAAGUUAGUGGACUGCAGCCCUGGGGGUCCCGAGCUGUGCUGCCCCAGGCCCUGCCCCCAGCCUGUGGCCACCCCCUGGCACAAUGGGGACCCCUGCCGCCCAGCCUCCACCCCCUAGGUGGGGCAUCCAGGUCUCUAAGUGGGCCCUGGGCCCUGAUGUGCCUUGUCAGUCCCUCUGAGGACAACUCCCCUGGACAGUCCCCAGAGGCAGGCUGUGCCCCUCACCCCAGUUGGUCUGCUUGGAUUUCCCACAGCCCCCAGGCAUGGACCAUCUUCGUUUUAUACAAAAUUAAAAACGAGUUUUUACAAACGUUCCAGAGUCAC